UGAUAUUGUAAAAAUUCCUGUAGGUCUCCAAGUACCGUUUUUAGGGUUCACAGCUACGGGUGGUAUCCUAUUUCUGUUUCGGCCAGCAGCGUGAGUCCUUUACUCUAACACUGCAAUCAUCUCCUUCUCGACGUUGUUGCGUGCCCGAGUGGAGAGAAUAACAACAUGAACGAAGCGAUGCGAUCACCAGUCACCCCGUUCUCGAUUACAGAUAUUCUGAACCGGCACGAUGUCCCACAGCAGAAUAACAACAACUUCGUUACUUGGACUCAGCACCCGGGACAUACUCAUCCGGCUUCUCCGACGUAUUUGCCGUUGCCAACAUACUUUCAAGCCGCUCUACCAGGCGUCCAUCAACUUAGCUGCUACAAAACCUACAACGCCUCGCAGAUUCCCUCAGCACGUCCCUCACUAUGCGUAGAAAGAAAUGCAGAGGAAAGUACACAACGAGGAGAGGAAAUAGCAAAAGUUCACAGUGAGUUACUUAAGUUGCUCUUAGCCUGAUUAAAUAGAACGUUGUUGGCUUCUUGCAUACUAACGUAAUUUGUGUUAAUUAAGCCAACUUAAAUCAUAGAAUACCUGAUCUGAUUUGAGGUUUUUGCUUUUCUAAUACAGAAAACCAGCCGGAGAGAGACGUCAACCACACCUCGACUUCAAGUCCACAACAGCAAGCCAAACCACGAAAGAAGCGAUCGAGAGCAGCCUUUUCUCAUGCCCAAGUUUUCGAAUUGGAGAGGCGCUUUAGCCAUCAAAAAUAUUUGUCUGGACCUGAGAGGGCAGAGCUUGCUAGUGCUCUAAAACUAACCGAGACACAAGUUAAAAUCUGGUUUCAGAACAGACGAUACAAGACAAAACGCCGUCAACUAGCAUCCGAGAUUUGUCCGCCGAGUGCGGCGAAGAAAGUCGCAGUGCGAGUAUUAGUUCGUGACGACCACAAACAGUAUGAAGACAUAGGGUUAUCAACUCUAUCGAUGGCGCCUUUCGGCACUCAAGGCUUUGCUCCCCAUUGUGGUUUCUUCUACAGAUGACUUCACGAUUGCUAAAUCACGUCCUACCUACAACAACAAACAGACCCUUUACAUCAAACGAGCCAACACGAAAGACAGUGACAGGCAAAGAGUAGCGAGCAAAUAUUUUAAUCGCUGCCGUUUAUGAUUGUCUGCUUGCAACUGAACCUAAAACUUCAACUGUCGCGAAACGCGGCUUGCAAAAGACUCGCUUGUGCUGAAGAUUAGUAAAGGAUAACGUUUAAACGGUAAGCUACGGAAGUGCAUCACUUGUGUCCGGUGAAUUACCUGGAGUGGUGUACUCUGUUAAAGUUUACUUACAUCAUCGAAAACAGAUUGCGCGAGUGUUAGACUCUUAAUUACCUUUAAUCCGAGAUUAAGAUUAACAAGAGUGUAUAAUAGUGUACAGUGAAGUCAAGAGAUGAGGGGAAAAAACCGAACAAGAAAUAAAUUUGUCACACUUACAAAUUAAUACAUUGAUAAGGAGUGGAUAAGGAAUGGAAAGAGACAAUGUGUGUUAAUAAUUCUAGCCUUAAAUUAGUUUCAAAAACUUUUCAUAAUCCUUCACGUAGGGAUCGAAGCGAUUCAAUACGAACGGGCAUCAGUAACCCAUAAGCAGAGCUGGAGUAAUUGUCUCAGUCAGUUUUUCUGCCUUACCAUUACACAUUUGAAAAGCACGUAUCUAGGUUUGGGAGUGCAGGAAAACAAGCAUGGAACGGAUGUAGUCUAAAUAAAUACAAAUCGCAAGACGCGAAAUCACGCUUUUCCUUUCAAGAAUUCCUUUGCUUUUAGAGUCCGAAAGUUUCAGGUCGCGUCCAGCAGGGCUAGACGAUGGGGUUCUAAAAUAGAAUCGCGACUUCAUUGAGGAUGAAAUAAAAAUGUAUAAAAAGCCCAGGGUGACAUGUUUGUCUACA